GAAGGAGCUUCGGUCGACCGACCGGGAGGAGCAGGAGGAAGUGGUGGAGAAGAAGAUGGGGCGCGCGGCCGGGAAGCGUGGGAGAGGUGGGAAAGAGUAGGAAGAUCUCCGGAUUUUCUCCGGGGGAGAGGAUGUUGGAGGUCGCGAGACGCGCGGAUGAGGCAAGGGAUACGCACACCGGGGUCGCGCAUGCGUCCACCACCAUCGGCGUCGAGGAUGUUCGACGUUUUUUUCAGUCACCGGUCGACGCUGCGUCGGGCACCGUCGUCGUCGUUGAAUACGGCCGCGAUCGCGCGGCGUUCAGCUGCUACCACCACCGUGCCGUGCAACAUCCGCGAUCAUCCUUCACUCGCGGACGACAAUCCACGUUCAGUGUCCGCGUGUUCGCGCGACCGACGUCGCGGUCGAUAGAACCCGCAUCUGGAAGAGGAAAAAAUUACGGACCCAGGAGGAUAGCUGGAAACGAAAGAGACCAGGUGGUGGAUCAGUUCUCGGCCACGCGCUUCACGCGUGUUCUCUUCUUCUGAAUCUGAUCGCGCCACCGACUGUCCUUCUCUCGAAAAGAAGAACUUCGCUUAAAGAGCGUAUGACCUCGUGGUGAAAUUUGCGCGCGUUCAUCCUUCGGGAAUACCGCGAUAUCGGGGCAAGGUUACUGCGCGCUCGCUACGUCCCCAGGUGAGAAGCGCAGGUGAGAGAAAUAGCGGACAGGCGCGUCGAGAGGUGCACAUCUGCUUAGAUCUGCUGUCUACCCGAUGUAAGAUGCAAUCGGUGGACAAUCGCUCGCUGCCUCAGUGUGGACCAACGUGUGGAGAGCUGGAGAGUUAAGAUAAGAGCUCGGAGGAGAUAAUCCUCGCGAGGAAAAGGAUUGACGAGAAGGAAUGACGUUGUUAAAAUCAACUGAUUAUUCGCGCCAGUAGUCAAGAACGUGCGGAAAGGGACGGACGCGAAGCAAAGGCGAUGAGAAUCUCUCCCUGCGAGGAGUCUCCGAAUCGUCGCCUCACGCAGCUCCAGGCACCGAGGAGGCCGCAACGUCGUUGAGGACCUCUCCGGAGUCGCUGGAGAAACGUCGCGCUCGAGAGAAACAGGGACUCCGAGAAUGUCGCUGCACUAUCCUCAGGGAUACCGGUACCGAUCCGCGUCAAAGACAAGCGGCGGGAUCGGGGCCGGAGGGGAACAGGGCUCCGAUAGCGACGUAGCGGAGCUCAGCGACCUCGAGGACGACGAGGACGAGGAUGAGACUCGCGGAUCCGCUGAAAGACGAGUCAUGGAAGAAGAGGGGGACGAGAAUGACGAGAACGAUGAGGAUGACGAGAACGAUGAUGACGACGACGACGACGACGAUGACGACGACGAUGACGACGAUGAGGAUAAUGAGGAUGAGGAGGAGGAGGAAGGCGAGGAUCUACCCUAUCCAGGUUUCGUUCCAAUUGCUCUCAGAUAUCUCGACCAGAGCACACGACCGCGCAACUGGUGUCUUGCAUUUAUCACUAAUCCGUGGUUCGAAAGGGUGAGCAUGAUGGUGAUCCUUCUUAACUGCAUCACGCUCGGGAUGUACCAGCCGUGCGUGGACGACCAGUGCGUAACAAAUCGAUGUAAGAUACUGCAGAUGUUCGAUGAUAUCAUUUUUGCCUUCUUCUCUCUGGAAAUGACUAUAAAGAUGGUGGCGAUGGGGAUUUACGGUAGAGGAACUUAUCUCGCGGAUUCCUGGAAUAGAUUAGAUUUCUUUAUAGUGCUAGCUGGCGCUUUGGAAUACUGCCUAAAUGUGGAAAAUAUGAAUCUGUCAGCCAUACGAACAAUAAGAGUUUUAAGGCCGUUACGAGCGAUCAAUCGUAUACCAAGUAUGCGAAUAUUGGUGAUGCUGCUGCUCGACACUCUUCCUAUGCUAGGCAACGUUCUGUUACUAUGUUUCUUCGUCUUCUUCAUAUUUGGCAUCGUCGGUGUGCAACUGUGGGAGGGUAUACUACGCCAACGUUGCUUCCUCAAGGCUCUACCCAACGUCAAGUAUCCCGAUGAUCUGGAGAAGUAUUUCGAGUAUCAGGGUCAGGAUUACAUUUGUUCGCGUCCCGACGACAGCGGGAUGCACUCUUGCAGUAAUCUACCGCCGCUUAAAUUUGGAAACUUGGUGUGCAACAAUACGGCCGUGCCAAACAGUAAUGCCACGUUCAUCAACAAUGACACCUGCGUUAAUUGGAAUUACUACUAUACCGAAUGCAAAGGCCAGGGCAACAAUCCAUUUCAAGGAACAAUUUCAUUCGAUAACAUCGGUCUCGCCUGGGUCGCCAUAUUUCUUGUAAUUAGUCUGGAAGGAUGGACGGACAUAAUGUAUUACGUGCAGGACGCCCACUCCUUUUGGGACUGGAUAUAUUUCGUUCUCCUCAUAGUCAUUGGUUCAUUUUUCAUGAUCAAUCUCUGCUUGGUCGUAAUCGCGACGCAAUUCUCGGAGACGAAGAAGCGUGAGAUGGAGAGGAUGAAGUUGGAACGCGCUCGCUACCAUUCAACCUCGACGCUCGCGUCGUCCACGAAUACCUCGGAGCCUACUACUUGUUACGCCGAAAUCGUCAAAUACAUUGCCCACCUCUGGCGACGAAGUAAACGAAGACUGAUGAAGCGGUAUCGCCUGUGGCUGUACAAGAGGCAGCAGAAGCGCGAGCAGAAUCUGCUCAAAGAACCAAGGCAGAGCCAAGCGAUUCGCCCGAAUGCCACUGCUGGGGGACUGAAUCGAGUACCGGGUGAUAGAAGAUUACAUCAUGGAAGAUGUCCUCGACUCCUUGCCGCGUUGGAAUAUGCCGAACAACAGCAGCAGCAGCAACAGCAACAACAACAACAAUUGCAAGUGGCUACUAGUGAUAAUGGUGGAUCCGUUGUCGAUUUCGCCGCCGUUACAUCCCCUUUACAAUCGGCAAUAGGCACCACUACUGGCAAUAAUAGUGGUAAUAAUGGCGGAAACUUGGGCAUCGCGCCUCGAGCGAGUCCAGAGAUUUCCGAAGCCGAAGUUUCCACGAACAUGUGCCACAGAUUGAAUGUUCAUCGCACUUCCUCUGUGUCUUGCAACGGAAGCGAAAAUGUCAUCGUGGGAAACGUGCAGGCCGAGACGAACAGCACGUUGUUGAGUCCGCCAUGUACGCAUUAUCGGAGAAGAAGCAGCGUAAUGUUUAGCGACGUGGUACUGCUCCAUGGCAGCAAUAAUGUCGGGAAUGCGUUGCAGCCGGGGACAACGGUGACGCCGGGUGAACGUAACGUCUGCUCGAGCGAGAAGAUGACCCAGACGGGCGAUGGUAACGUUUGGUCCAGUCCUCUUCCGGACCACACGCAGAUGCAGGCCGAGCUGGGUGGCAAUGAGGCUAUGACGUGUCAGGAAUUGCUGGCUCUCAGCGGUGCUCUCAGCGCCGCGUUGCCCACUGGUCAAUUGGCACUCGAUUCGUUCCUAAACUCUCUCACGAAAGGUAUAACAGAUCGUCACAUCACGUUGGAGGAUCGUACGCAGUGGCUGACGUCCGACGUUGACAAUUGUUCCUGUUGCUGCGAGCUGCAGGGCGGCGAUCAAUGGUCGGACGACGGCGAAAAGUGGCAAAAGUCUUCACGGGUCAGACGGUUCUUGAGUCGCACCGGGAACUGUUGCUUCGGCACGUUGCGCUCCAUUCAACGAUGCAUCAAGAAGCUCGUCGAGCACAAAUAUUUCCAGCAGGGUAUCCUUCUGGCGAUACUCAUUAAUACUUUGAGUAUGGGAAUCGAAUAUCACAAUCAGCCGGAACAAUUAACGGUAGCUGUUGAAAUAAGCAACAUCGUUUUCUCGGCAAUCUUCGCAGUGGAGAUGCUACUUAAAGUAAUAGCGGAAGGCCCAUUCGGUUACAUCAGCAACGGCUUCAACGUCUUCGACGGUAUUGUCGUCGUCCUAAGCGUCGUCGAACUCUGCCAAGCAUUCUUGGAGGAGCGCGGUGGCAGUUCCGGUCUGAGCGUCCUGCGUACCUUCCGCCUGCUCAGGAUCUUAAAGCUAGUGCGAUUCUUGCCCAAUCUCCGACGACAGCUCUUCGUGAUGCUACGCACCAUGGAUAACGUUGCCGUAUUCUUUUCUCUUUUAGUACUUUUCAUCUUUAUAUUCAGUAUUCUCGGGAUGAACCUGUUUGGUUGCAAAUUCUGUGAAACGAUGAAAGGCAGCUCUGACGUCGAGUGUGAUAGGAAAAACUUUGACUCGUUACUCUGGGCUAUUGUGACAGUGUUUCAGAUCCUUACGCAGGAGGAUUGGAAUGUCGUCCUCUUCAACGGUAUGCAGAAGACAUCUCACUGGGCUGCGCUUUAUUUCGUAGCGUUAAUGACCUUUGGCAAUUACGUUCUCUUCAAUCUUCUUGUUGCCAUUCUCGUUGAAGGUUUCUCAUCGGAGAGAAAUGAGAGGAGAGAACGAGAGCAAAGAGAAAUGGCAAAAAAGCUCGCCGCUGGAAUCGGCAGCGAGGAUGGGUCGUCGAGAGUAUCGGGAUCGCAUUCGAUCUCUGAUAGUGAUACGUAUACCCAGGAUCAGAAGAACUCGUGGCAGAGCGCGGAGGAGCUGAGAAAGUAUAAGGAUAACAGGGAGAAGCAGAACAGCGUGUGGAAACAACGGAUCGAUGAGCCUAAGUGUAACAUUCAGAAAGAGAGUAAGAUGAUGGGUGUGGCAGGUCAACCGCCUAUAAUCACUCAUACAGCGGCAACUCCUCAAGAUUCUCCAAAUACCACGUUGAAUGUUGGCUACAGAGACCUCAAUUGCCGAGCAGUUUACCCGGCUGCUGCCCUUUCGAUCGAAUCCAUCGAUCGAUCUGGUAGCCAGUGUAGUAUACCCUCGGGACUGUUAAAGCUGCCAGAUGUAUCUAACAAAAUUCCGACAAACAAUUUAAUUGCUGGUCAAUUCCCGAGACGCAUAAGCCUUGUUACGGCCGUUGUCAAUCCUUCGACGAGGGACUCGAGUUCAAGUCCGCCAAGGAUACAAAGAGGCUAUUCGUGGCGAUUAUCGCGGCCAUCUUUGCGGAGGAAACGAUGGUCGCAAAGUGACGACGAGCACACCGGUCAUACGACUGUACUCAAUAAUGGGCGCAGUACUCUCGUCGGAUCUAAUCCAACUUUCAAUGGCGGUUAUUUGCAUGGUUCGAUAAGAAACGAUACGCAACGCGACGCGCCCAACAAUCGAACCACCGUCCUAACAAGCAAUAAUCGUAGUUUGAGUCCUAAUAAUUCGCUCGAAAGUUAUGGCCCAUGGUCGAUUCGUCGUUACACAAUUACGUCUAAUCAGAUGCGAUGGAUCGGCGAGCUUUCGCGGAGAAACUCAUUGCGCGGAUAUGAAAAUGUUCAGACGUCCACGAGAAAAACGCUGCCGUUGGAUGAGAUGCUCGCGCCGUCCUCGACCCCACGCACGAUCAAUAAUCUCUCGAUGGAGACUGGUCCACUGCCGAGAAUCAAACGACUUCCUGAACAAGAAGAAGAGCAUUCGAGAACGGGUGGUGAACAAACGCCGCCGUCAAAUGGCCACGGAAGCGCGAAUAGCGUUGAGAAAAUCAAAAAGAUAUUCAUGUUCUUCGAACCUAAGGGUUGCCUACAGGAACGUGACAAUUAUUCCCUGUAUUUAUUCCCACCCAAUAAUAGGUUUCGUAUCUUCUGUCAAUGGUUCGUUGAUCAAAAAUGGUUUGAUAAUGUAGUAUUGCUGUUCAUUGGAUUGAACUGCAUUACUCUGGCGAUGGAACGACCGAAUAUACCGCCUGACAGUCGCGAAAGAGUUUUUCUAUCGUCUGCGAAUUAUAUUUUUACUGGCGUUUUUGCUAUCGAGAUGUUUGUUAAGGUUGUCGCGACGGGUAUGCUUUAUGGUCCGGAUGCGUAUUUUACUUCAGGCUGGAAUAUUAUGGACGGAUCUCUCGUUAUCAUUUCCAUAAUCGACUUAUCGAUGUCAUUGCUUUCAUCGAGUAGCCCCAGAAUAUUUGGAAUAUUAAGAGUAUUUCGACUACUGAGAUCAUUAAGACCUCUGCGAGUCAUCAAUCGCGCACCUGGUUUAAAACUGGUGGUUCAGACAUUACUGUCUUCAUUGCGGCCCAUCGGAAAUAUUGUUCUGAUUUGUUGCACAUUUUUCGUGAUCUUUGGUAUCCUCGGAGUGCAACUGUUCAAAGGCGCAUUCUACUAUUGCGAAGGUCCUGAAAUCAAGAAUGUGCGCAAUAAAACAGACUGUCUGGCCGAUAAGCGAAACAUGUGGCUAAAUCGAAAGUACAAUUUCGACGAUCUCGGCAAAGCUCUCAUGUCGUUAUUUGUCUUAUCGUCGCGAGACGGAUGGGUAAACAUCAUGUACACCGGUCUAGAUGCUGUUGGCGUCGAUCAACAGCCCAUCGAAAAUUAUUCCGAAUGGCGGUUGUUGUAUUUCAUCGCGUUCAUAUUACUGGUGGGCUUCUUCGUGUUGAACAUGUUCGUCGGCGUGGUGGUGGAGAAUUUUCAUAGGUGCCGCGAAGAGCAAGAGAAAGAGGAGCGUGUACGUAGAGCGGCUAAACGCGCAUUGCAGAUGGAAAAAAAGAGACGAAAGAUGCACGAGCCACCGUAUUACACUACCUACUCAAAGGCGCGGCUCUUCGUCCACAACGUCGUGACGUCCAAGUACUUUGAUCUGGCGAUCGCCGCAGUUAUUGGUCUCAAUGUCGUCACGAUGGCGAUGGAAUUUUACAUGAUGCCGAAAGCGCUCACUUACGCGUUAAAGAUCUUUAAUUAUUUCUUCACCGCUGUUUUCAUUCUCGAAUCCUUCAUGAAGCUUGUCGCUCUCGGUGUGCAGCUUUAUCUAAAGGAUAAAUGGAACCAACUGGAUGUGGGAAUAGUGAUAUUAUCAGUCGUUGGCAUCGUGCUAGAGGAGGUCGAGUCUAAAAUCAUCCCCAUUAAUCCCACGAUAAUUCGCGUAAUGCGAGUGUUACGGAUAGCCCGUGUAUUGAAGCUCUUGAAAAUGGCGAAGGGUAUACGUGCCCUCUUGGACACGGUGAUGCAGGCAUUACCACAAGUUGGAAAUUUAGGACUAUUGUUUUUUUUACUUUUCUUUAUAUUUGCCGCCCUAGGAGUGGAACUUUUCGGCCGGCUAGAAUGCAACGAUGAAAUGCCUUGCCAAGGUCUUGGUGAGCACGCGCAUUUUAGUAAUUUUGGUAUGGCCUUCUUAACGCUUUUCCGAGUUGCUACCGGUGACAACUGGAAUGGUAUCAUGAAGGACACGCUGAGGGAUGAUUGCGAUGAUGCAGCAGAUUGUGUCAAGAAUUGUUGUGUGAGCACUAUUAUUGCGCCGAUAUUUUUUGUGAUUUUCGUUUUAAUGGCCCAAUUUGUAUUGGUGAAUGUCGUUGUUGCUGUGCUGAUGAAACAUCUGGAAGAAAGUCACAAACAGAUGGAAGACGAACUCGAUAUGGAAACACAGUUGGAGAGAGAAUUAGCCGCGGAGCAGGAAGAGCUUCUUGAAGUGGAGGAGGAAGAUGAAGAUGACAUAGGGAUGAAUGGUAGAAUAGAUGAUGACGAUGAAGACGAUGAAGAUAAAGAGCGCGUAUCUAUGGUAGGGAAUGUAAAAAUACCCGCGAGGCCAGGAUUGGCCAAAGUUCAGUCUCUUCCUGCAAAUUUUAUUUACAAUCCACCGAGAGAGAGAAAUAUCGAUGACACCUCGAUUUCCGUGUCCUUGGACGAGAAACGUCGUAGUUCGUAUUACCGUUCGAGUUCAAGACCGUCCAAGUUUAAGUCGAAACGCCGGCAAACCUUCCAUUCGAGUCACCAUCAACGAAGAUCACUGUUGCCAAUGCAUUUCGAGGUCGCCGAGGUCUUUGAGAAGCCUGUGAGCAAUUUGAGCGUGCCUCGAAUUAUUCCACAUCGUAGCUACGGCGUCGCUAGUCAAGAUCCUAGUCAUGUGCAACAUCAAAAGUUGCAGGUGAUCACUACUGAAACGCGUGAGAAUAAGUCUCUGCUGAGUGUAAGCAAGCCGCCAACUAGCUCCUCGCUGGUCACUUCUACUGCCUCGAGCAGCACCUUGAGCGUUCCGCCGAAAGUGAUCAGCGAUCGUUAUCUCAUGCCGACCGCCGAGGUCUACCCGUCCAAGGCGACGAUGAGCUACCGGACAUCCAGCGACACGCAAUCACCAUCACAAUCGCCGGACAGCGGGAGCGCGGGUGCCGGCAGCAGUAGAACACUCAGCAUCGCGAACGGCUACGCUGGCGGCAAGAUUCGACCGGAAGAGCCAAGGUCGAAGACUACGGCGACGACCCAGGACGACCUCGACGUGCAGUCCGUCAUCAACGAAAGAAGGCCAUCCAAAUUGAAGACGACGCACGAUGUCACCGCCACGUCCAGUGGCGCUACCGCCAGUAUCGCCAGCGAUCAGUAUAGCGCGAUUAUCCGCGGCGAGGGUUACAGCCAUAUCUACGUCACCACCGAGGAUAGAUCCGACGAGGUCCCGUCACCGUGUGGCAAUGUCAGCGAGAGCACCGGGACCGGCAGCCUCAGUGCGGUCGCCAGCAUCAGCGUCGCUGGCAUCAGCGUUGCCGGUAGCAUCAGCAGCGGUAGCGGCAACGGCAGCCGAAACGGCGGCAGCGGCAACGGUAGCAGGAACAGUGGCAGCGGCAGCGGUGGAGUGCAUAUCGGCGAGGGUGGUGCUAUCGGAUCCGACGUGAGGAUUUACGUGGACGACACGGACUCGGCGAGCAGCAGCAACGGGCAGCGACGCGGCGGCAGAUUGACGCGCGACGACGAGACCCUGGACGCCUCGACCACCGUCUCCUCCGCUACGACAAUGAGGGACGGUGGAGGUGGCGGAGGCAGCGGCGGUGACGACGACGAAAACAAAGAGACAUCCGAGAGACCGUCCUCCGUCAGUGGACCGUUGGAUCCCUCUUAA